AGUUGGCUAACUGCGUAUGGACUUUGAGAGACGACAAAACACCGCAUGUGAUUAAAUGGAAAGUAAUUAAGAAAUCCAUACUUUAUGCGAAUGGAUCAAAUAAAUGUAAACUUUGGCUGAAAGAGUGAAGAUCCCGUCCAGAUCUAAGAUCCCUAACUCUCUAUUGAACUCCAGAUUUUUUACAAUUAUAUAUUUUUUAUUUGGCUGUUAUACGAUAUUAUUGUCAUGUCUGCUUCAACCGUUCCGUCUGUCAAUAACGCCCAUGAUCCAAGACGACCGAACAAAGUCACACGGUACAAGUCCCCGCCCAGUGGUGGACCAGUUGAUGACCCCACCCCAGAUUAUAUGAACUUACUGGGCAUGAUAUUCAGUAUGUGUGGACUAAUGAUGAAAUUAAAAUGGUGUGCUUGGGCUGCAGUCUAUUGUUCUUUCAUUAGUUUUGCCAAUUCUCGUUCUUCAGAAGAUACCAAACAGAUGCUCAGCAGUUUUAUGUUGUCCAUUUCUGCUGUUGUCAUGUCAUAUCUACAGAAUCCUCAACCAAUGUCACCACCUUGGUAAACCAACCUCAACAGACAGCUUAUCGCAGGCACAUUAAUUACCUGGAACUCGUUUACAAAUUAAACACCAUCUCAGAUAACACGGCUGCAAAAGGAAAGCAUUUUUGGCAAAGUUGAAAUUGCAAUUGAACAACAAAAGUAAUAUAGUUGUUUAAACCAAUGUGUGUGUGUGUGUAAACUAAAAGUGAAAAUAUUUUAAAACUGAUAUUAACCUGUCUUUCUGAAAGUUUUUCUAUUUUAAUAAAUCCUUAUUAAAAUCAUUAUUAAUGAAUUUAAACCUAUUCAAAUCAACAUUUCUGAUUGUCAAAGGUGGUACCUUGUUUUCUUUUGUCAGUUUUGAACUGUUUCCAAGAUAUUUAAAGUUCCAAGAAGAAUAUGUGUAACCAGUUGCACAUUUUAAGUUCCUGUUCAGUGAAUUAAAUGCUUGUACGAUGAUUUCCUUCUGGGAACUGUUUAAUGCUGGUUUUAAACUUAGUCUUUGCAGUUUUUGUUUCUUUGGUGAAUGAUUAAAACUUGAAUCCUU